AUAGUACACGAAACUAAAAAAAUACAUUUGGUUAGCAAUAAAAUUGCCACUGAAUCACUGAUAUAUAAAUAACAAUACUUUAUUAUUUGUUAUGUAAUAGAUCCUCCACCUAAAGCAUAUAUAUAUUAUCCUCCUCCCAUCAUCCGAGUCACCACCAAAACGCUUCCUUUCUCCAUUGCUUUGUCUCCGUCAAAAAAGUAGCAAACCCAAAACCGAAAGUCUCGAACUUUCGUAUUAGAUCCACAUCAAAAACAGUUUUUUUUUUUUUAAUUCUUCGAUUCAUUUCUCCCUUAGGGUUUAUUGAAUGGGUUCUGGGCUCUCUCUCUUUACCAAUGGUUCAUCGUCUUCUCCGUCUCGUGAACGAGAUCUGUUAAAGCCUGGUCUCGGUGAUCUGCCGGAGAGUUGUGUGGCUUUGAUCCUCGAGAAGUUGGAGCCGGUCGAGAUCUGCAGAUUCUCGAAGCUAAACAGAGCCUUUCGCAGCGCCUCCUGGGCCGAUUUCGUCUGGGAAUCGAAGCUUCCUCAUGAUUACAGAUCGAUUCUCGAGAAAAUCCUCGGUGGGUUCCCGGAAAAGCUGCGGAAAAGAGACAUCUAUAACUUCCUCUCUCGUGUUAAUUCCUUCGACGACGGCACAAAGAAAGCUUGGGUUGAUAAACGAACCAGUGAUCUCUGUUUAUGCUUAUCGGUUAAGGGUUUGUCGGUAACCGGGAUUGAUGAUCGGAGAUACUGGAAUCACAUUCCUUCUGAUGAAUCUCGGUUCUCGUCAGUAGCAUAUCUUCAGCACGUCUGGUGGUUUCAAGUUGAUGGAGAAAUCGAGUUCCCGUUCCCAGCUGGAACCUACAGCGUCUUCUUCAGGCUUCAUCUAGGCAAACCGGGGAAGCGGUUUGGUUGGAAGGUUUGCAACACUGAGCAGAUUCAUGGUUGGGAUAUUAAACCGGUUCAGUUUCAGAUUUGGACUGAAGAUGGUCAACACUCUUCGUCUCAAUGCAAGUUGACCGAACCAGGAACAUGGAGUCACUACCAUGCUGGAGACUUUGUGGUUGGGAAAUCGAAAAGCUCGUCUACGAAGCUUAAGUUCUCCAUGACUCAGAUUGAUUGUACACAUACCAAAGGAGGGUUAUGUGUAGAUUCUGUAAUUGUGUAUCCGAGCUCGUGCAAGGAUCGGUUGAGGCGGUUUUAAAAGUCUUAAAACCGAAGUUUGGUUUGGUUGUAAAAGCUAUACUUUUUAAUUAGCUUUUUAACCUUUUUGUAGAAUAUUUGGGUGGUGAUGGAAAAAAACUACAUUUAAAAGAGAGAAGAGAAUCUCUGUUUCAUAGUUUUAUGUUGUGAAUGUGAACUUGAGUUUGAAGUUGCAGAGUUUUUCUUUUAACUUUUAUCAAUGGAAAGCUUUCUGUGGGAA